AUGAAGAGGGAGGAAAUUCCAGUCAGGCUACGGGUCGUGGACGAGAUGUCGUUGACCGGAGAGAGGAGAUGGAGAUACGGUGGUCUAGGCAAUAAUUGGGAAAUGGUCAACCUCACGGUGAUGAGGGAUUUCCUUCUACUAGGAUUCUCAGAGGUCCGGGAGCUGCAGCUGGUCCACGCCGCGCUAUUCCUCCUGGUCUACCUGGUGGCCCUGGCGGGGAAUCUUCUCAUCGUUGCCGUCACCGUCCUCGACCGGCGCCUCCACACCCCCAUGUACUUCUUCCUCAGGAACCUGUCCGUCCUCGACCUCUGCUACAUCUCCAUCACCGUCCCCAAAUCCAUCCACAACUCCUUGACCAACAAGAGAUCCAUUUCCUUCCUGGGCUGUGCCACCCAGCUCUUCUCAGUGCUCCUGUUUGCCGCGUCCGAGCUGUUCCUCCUCACGGCGAUGUCCCACGACCGCUACGCCGCCAUUUGCCUCCCUCUGCGCUACGAGGUCCUCAUGGACAGAGGGACGUGUGGGAAAAUGGCGGCCGCCUCAUGGCUCGGCGGGGGGCUGUUUGCACUGCUAUUAUCCCCUCGGACGCUCUCCCUACCCUUUUGCGGGUCCAUCCUGAUCCAACAGUUCUUCUGUGAUAUCGCCUCCGUGGUCCAACUCUCCUGCUCUGAAACACACCUCUUCAUCGAUAUAAUCGAAGUCACUGGGUUCCUUUCGGGUGUCUCCUGCUUCAUCUCCAUCGUCAUCUCAUACGUGUGCAUCUUCCGGGCCGUGCUGAGGAUGCCGGCCGCCGAGGGCCGGGCCAAAGCCUUCUCCACCUGCUUGCCCCACCUCGUCGUCACGACCGUGUUUUUCACCUCGGCUGCCUUCGGUACCUUACAUCCAACCUCAGAUUCUUCUUCAGCUAUGGACCUGCUGGUGUCCGUGUUCUACACCGUGGUGCCUCCUGCCCUGAACCCCCUCAUCUACAGCCUGAGGAACAGGGACAUGAAGAUGAGGUCGGUGCACCGCAGCCCGGACAAUCCCGGUGACUCCGGAGAGGAGCAGGGGAAAGUUCAUCCACACUUCUUGAACAAUAAUAACUCCAUAGCCUUCCUAGGCUGCAUCGCUCAGCUCUUUCUGUGGAUCUUCUUUGUGGGUUCUGAGGAUUUCGUCCUCAAGGUGAUGUCCUACUACCGCUACGCCGCCAUCUGGCUCCCCCUGCGUUCGACCUUCUCCAUGUCCUUCUGCGGGUACAACGUCAUCUCCCAGUUCUUCUGUGACGUCCCUACUCAGCUCAAGAUCUCCUGCUCCGAGGAACACGUCGCCACGGACCCUUCGGACUCCCCCUCGACGCUUGAUCUGCCGCCAUCCACGUUCUACACCGGCCCCGAGCCAUCCUCCAGAGAUCCCCCCCGGAGCAGCUCCUGCUUUAUCUACAGCGACGAGGGCCCGUCUGGAGAGCUUGUCAGGAUCUCUUGCUCCGAAGACCACGUCGCCAUGGAUGUGAGCAUCAGCGGUGGGGUAGUUUUUGGUGUCAUCUGCUUCAUCUUCAUCGUCGUCUCCUACAUGCGCAUCUUCCGGGGUUCUGAGCAUAGGGCUAGCCAUAUAAAGAGCUGUCGAAAGCGGAAGUCCAGCGUCUGA